GGGGCUGGGGAAGCGCCCGCGGGGAGGACGCGGGGGAGGGGCGUGGCACGUGCCGAGCGCCCCGUGGCCUCGGUUCAAACGACCCCGGCGGGUCGGCGGGUUGGCGGAGAGCAGAAGGGAGGGAGAGAAGGUAGGAGCCUGGGCCCGCCUCACCGGCCUCCCUCCAGCCCCAAGCCGCCCAGCCCCAUGGUCCCCGCCGCCGGCGCGCUGCUCUGGGCCCUGCUGCUGAGUCUGGAGCCCCUGGCGGCGGGGGCCCAAGGCCAGACCCAGACGUCCACCGGGAUGCAGCGGGUCAGCUUCCGCUUUGGGGGCCCCGGCCCUGCCCGCAGCCACCGGAGCACCAUCGGUCCCCCCCGCACCGGGCCCCGGAGGCCUAAAAUAACUCUGGAGGAUGAGAAUGACGCCGUGGCCACCGCCGACCGCCUGGCAGGCCCUGCGGCUGCCGAGCUCCUGGCCACGGUGACAGGCAUCGCCCGGGGCUCUGAGGCCAGCUUCGGUGAGGAUGAGACUUUGGAAGAGGGGGUUGUGAUAAAUGCCAGAAAGAAUAACAGCAGGAUGCUGAUUCCCAGUGCCGCCCCCAGUACAAAUACCGGAAGGAGCUCCACCUCGGGGAGGUUCGUGGCCAACACCCAAGAGCCUGAGAUCAGGUUGACCACAAACCUGCCGCGCACCACCAUGAAACCUAAAGACAUUCUGACCUCCGAGGUCACCCUGAGCCACUGGUCGACACCAGGCUCCACCCCAAGCCGGUGGCCGGCACCCUCACCCACAGCCAUGCCACCUCCUGAGGAUCUGCGACUGGUGCUGAUGCCCUGGGGCCCGUGGCACUGUCACUGCAAGUCAGGCACCAUGAGCCGGACCCGGUCCGGGAAGCUGCAGGGCCUUUCGGGACGCCUUCGAGUGGGAGCACUGAGCCAGCUCCGCACGGAGCACCGGCCUUGUACCUACCAGCAGUGUCCCUGCAACCGGCUUCGGGAGGAGUGCCCCCUGGACUCAGGCCUCUGUCCUGACACCAACUGCUCUCCGACCACCACCACCCAGACCACCACCACCCCUACCAUGCCCCCCAUCCACCUCAGACGCAGACCGCUCAUGCCGCCCCCCAGCCCCAGCCCCAGCCCAGCUCUGGCUUUUUGGAAACGGGUCAGGAUUGGCCUGGAGGAUAUUUGGAACAGCCUGUCUUCAGUGUUCACAGAGAUGCAACCAAUAGACAAGAACCGGACAUGAUGCGCACUUCAUCCACAGGAGGUGUCCGUAUCUCAGCCUCUCCUACCCUUCCGACCCCAGCACCCACUAUAUAUUUUUAGUACUAAAAAAAAAAAAAACCCACAUUAUUUGGGCUUAUUUCUUUUUAUAGAGGUAUCUGAGGAAGGGGACUCCAUCAAUCUUUUCAACCCUAAAACUGAACUUUGCACCUAGCAGCCUCUGGCUUGUUCCCCUACUCUGUCUCCAGGAUAAAAUGUUGAUGUUGCUCAUCUUCCUCAUUUCCAACGUUGUUUUUAAACCAAUCCUUUUAUUUUUUUAAAUCUCAAAUAAAUGCCAAGGAAUAGGAGUAACAAGGAACUGAGCCCUUGAAAGAUGACGGUGGCACUCUUGUCUUCCCAGUGCUCGGCCUCUCUCCUUGGAAAAGGCAAGUGUGGGCACAGAAUUCCAGCUCAGUCAUUUUCAAGGAGGUAUCUUCAGCAGCCAUGUUCUUUAAUGCAACACACACACCUGAAGUGAUUACUCUGCAAAUAUUUUGCUUCCAUUUUUUAUUUAAAAAUGUAUUUAAAAGUCCAACAAUUUUUUAAUAUAAAUUAUGACUCUCCGUUUCCAUCACUUUAUUCUUAAAGUGACAGUAGCCUACGUAUUAGACAAUGUAGCUAAAGGAUAGAGAGCACCAAAGGGAAGAUUGUGUCCAAAGAAUUGGCUUUAGAAUGAGGCUGGAGGUGAGGAGGACCGGAUUCCAGGAGCCCCCACCAUUCUACCCUGUACUGUUAACCCCUUAGGUCUCCAGAUCCCUCAGGCAACAAGAUGGGCUUUCAGAGCAACUGGCUUGACAGAGUAAAUUGGAAAUGUGUCGCCAUGUCCAAUGUUAGACCCUGAAAAACUAGAGGGAAACACACUGAAAUCAGGAAAAAUUAGAACCUCAGUCACCGCAGGUGGGGAUGAACUGGAGAGCUGGAUCCCAGUUCCCCCGCUCCUGACCCCCUCCCACUACCAUAAAACAGGAUGCUUCCUGGUACAAAGCUGAUGAGACACACACACAUACACACACACCCUCACUGCCUUCUCCUUUCAGAGCAGGCAAGUGCUCCUCUGUCUUGUUCUGCCUUCCUAAUGUAAUUAACCUGCAACAGCAGGGCCAGAACAAGAACACCUGAGAACACUGAAGGGGCCGAAAGAUUCUGCUCCUACGCUGCUUUCCCACCUAAAGCAGACUCUUCAGCCAGGCAGGGAUGGAACCUGGUCUUCAGACAAAAACUCCCUGAGUCGUAUUUGUAUCUGGUUUCAGAUCUGGGGUACAGAAAUGAGAGUAAAAAUCUGGGGAGGAUAGCUGGGGUGUUCCUAAUGCUUUCAUCCCCCCACCAAUCCCAUUCUCUGUUCAUGUGUCUACCCUGCAGGGACCCCCUCUCCCCCAGAGAGCAAGAACAGAGAAACAUGGUUACAUGUCCAUCAGACAGGAGCCUGUGGAAGCAUAAGCAAUGCACUGAGUCACUGUGUGCAGAUCUGUGCAGCCCAACUGAGGCCACCUGACAAGGAGUCCUAGCUCAUCCACAGCUCAGGCUUAAUGUGGAUGAGUGUGUGCAGGGUAGGGGACGGAAAUCACUUCAGAGUCUGAACAACAGAGCUGCAGCUCUCAGCUGUGGGCAACUUUGCCUUUAGAAGGAAGACAUUUAGCAACGUACAGUACAGCCCUCCAUUAGAAAGAAUCAUCCAGCCCAAAUGUCCUAUGUGUCCGGGGUGAACAACCUUGUUUCGGAGCCCCCUCCUACUCUUGUGCUGUGAGGAUCUUAAGGCCCCUAAGCUCACUUCCCCUAUGUAUCUCAACACCCUUCUCCUCCUCAAUGCCCAGGAAAUCCAUCUUGAGAUAAAACUCCCAGCUUUGCUGCAUUCAGGAUUUCUCUCUAGACCCCUCUUCCUCUCACCUGGGCCAGCAGGGAGGUUGGCAGAGGGCAGGCCAGGUCCCCCAAGGCUUAAAUGGAAUGUCAUCAGGUUAAGAUCCACCUCUUUAACUCUUAUUCAAUGGGAAGCAAUAAGGUUCCUAAUAAGGAUGGGGAGGUUAAACACAGAGGUAGUAGGAUGGGGGUAAUUAAGAGAACUCCAAACUUUUAAUUUUUUU